UUCAACCGCAAAAACAAUUUCUGGUUAAUUAAUUACCAGAAUGGUGAAAGGGUUACAAAAAUAAUGCCAAGUUGUUGCUCAGAAUUCAUUUAAUUACCAUUGAUGCAAUCUUUCAGAAUUCAUUGUUUGAAAAACAAGGACUUUUCUUUCUUUCUUUCUUUCAUUGCAAGAUUCUUUCAAAACCUUGCUGGUUUUGCAAUAAUGAAUGCUUCUCAAUAUAAAUCUAUUGUGAAUGUAAGCGCAGGAUGUUUUGAUUACAUUAGUGGUUCUUCUGAUGGCAUAUGGAAUGUGAGACGUGGAGAAACUAUUCUUGAACAUCCUUUCUUUCGUUUUCAACUUCAAUUAAUUGCAAUGGUCUCCAUAGCUCAUUUCUUUCACUUGUUCCUCAAGCGUUUCGAUUUCCCCAGAAUCACCUCCGACGUUCUGGCAGGUAUUCUCUUGGGACCAACAUUUAUGGAAACAAUCUUUCCACGGGCAUCAGAACUAUUGUUUCCUCCAGUACCCAAUCAAGUGAUGGCUUCAUUGUUAAAGAUUGGAUAUGUUUUGUUCACAUUCUUAGCAGCAGUGAGAAUGGACAUCAGCUUGGUGAAAAGAUCAGGGACAAGAAUUAUCUUACUAGGGAUUCUUGUAUUUGCACUUCCCUACACAAUGUCACAAACUCUAGAGGUAAAAUUUGAUCGAAACAUCACAAAUGCACAAGUGAGUGCAAGGAUGAAUAAUGUAAAUUUAUAUUUCAAUGCAUUUGCGGGGACCGAAUUCGUCGAUAUAAGUGCUCUUCUGGUACAGCUCAAGAUCACUAAUUCUCGGCUAGGACACUUUGCUUUGGCAACAACUUUGGUUAACGACUUGGCAAGAUUUUUAUACAAUAAUCUCGUUGUUUCUAUCUUCAACAGACUCAGAUAUACACCUUCUGUAAAGGUUGGGGUUCAGAGCUUUGUGUAUCUGAGUAUUUUUCUUGCAUCAACAGUUAUAGUAGCACACAGAUUGAUAUUGUGGUUCAUUAGAGCAACUCCACAAGGGAAACCCAUAAAAGAUCUUUACACCAACUUUUUAAUAGCAGCAGUAUUGAUUUCUUCAUCAGUGGGAGAUUCUGUAGGGCUUGAUUAUCUAUUGGGUCCUUUAACUUUAGGGUUGGUAAUCCCUGCUGGUUCUCCAUUAGCAACAAGCCUUACAGCAAAGCUUGAUACAAUUGUCUCUGGUUUGCUUAUUCCACUACUCUACACUUACUGUGCCUCCAAAUUUAAUUUGUGGAUAUUUAUCUCCCAUUUUAAUGAUGCUCUUAUUUUUCAAAUAGCCUUCAUUGGCUAUGCUAUUAAGCUGAUAGCUACUGCUGCCUUGAUUAUCUUUAUCAAGAUUGAUUACAGAGAUGCUGUUACUCUUGCACUCAUCUUAAAUUUCAAAGGCCCUCGCGAGAUGGGAACAUUUUAUAGCUACACUAGCAUUGAGACAAAGGAUUUGGACAGUACCAGUGGGGUGUUCUUAAUAUUUUUGUUGUCAUCAUUUGCACCACCACUAAUCAAAAAGCUCUAUGACCCAAGUAAGCAUUACAUAGGGUAUAAGAAGAAAUGCGUCCAAUAUGCUUCAUAUGACGCACCAUUGGAUAUAUUGGUCUGUGCACAUAAGCAAGAGGAAGCAAUGGCCGCAACCAAGUUGCUAGAAUUUUCCAACCCUACAAAAGAGAGUCCUUUGUCAAUUUAUGGACUUUGCUUGGAAGAACUUCUUGGCAGUGACACCCCUUAUAUGAUCAACCACAAAUUAGGCCAAAGAAGAUCCUUGUCUCAGGCAUCUCGCUCGCAACCCAUAAUCGAUAUUUUCAAUUACUUCAUGGUGGGGAACAGGAAGGGAACACAAGUGCACGUCUUCACUGCAGUAUCACCUAUAAAAAUGAUGCACGAAGACAUCUGUUGGCUAGCAUUUGACAAAGGGUGCUCGCUAAUAAUACUGCCCUUCCAUAAGAAAUGGCAUAACAAGGGGAGAUUGGUAUCAAACAACAAUGACAUACGAAACCUGAACAUUAAUGUACUGGAAAGGGCUCCUUGUUCUGUGGGGAUUCUCAUUGAUCGUAGUAGUGGCCGUGGCUUAUCUUCCAUUUUCUCAUCAUCGACGGUGUGUAGAGUUUGUGUACUAUUCAUUGGAGGUGCAGACGAUAGAGAGGCAAUGGCUUAUGCCUUGAAAAUGGCAAGAAGCCCAAGAGUUCAACUAAAAGUAGUGUGCUGUGCAAGUCCUGAAGAUAGCAACAGAGAUAAAUGGGAAGAUAUGCUUGAUUCGGAAUCAUUAAGAAGUUUGAGAAAUGAAAUGUCCAUGAAUGGGCAUAUAUAUUAUGCAGAACAGACAGUGACCACAGGCUCGGACACAGCAUCUGUGGUUCGAUCAAUACAAGAAAGUUAUGACCUUAUAAUUGUAGGACGUCGACAUGAAACCAAGCCAGAAGCAAUGUCAGGGCUAUCAGAAUGGGCUGAAAUACCAGAGCUAGGGGUUAUAGGUGAUCAGCUUGCUUCUGCAGAUAUUCACAGUGAAGUUGCAAUCUUAGUAGUGCAGCAGCAAAUCCUAAAAGCAAGUCAUAGCAGUAUUUUAAAUUAAAGAAUUUGUAAUUAUUCCAAGCAAAAGAUCAUUAAACAAGUCCUUGAAUUCAAGAACCCACUUGUAUGGCUGCAUUCUAGUAUUUCACCAGGCAUUGAAAACUUGUAAUUUUCUUUUCCUAUUUGGUUCAAUGAAAAAAAAAAAGUUCUUUUAUAUUA